AUGGUGUGGAAUGUGCAAGGUGUUGGAAAUAAGAUGACAAUUUUGUGGGAGCUAAUGAGAAUUAAUGACCCUACUGUGCUAGCCUUGGUUGAAACUCACAUAAGUGGCGAGCAGGCUCAGAGAAUUUGUGAUCGUAUUGGUUUCUCAGGCCAAACUAGAGUGGAAGCAGAAGGUUUUCGGGGUGGAAUUUGGCUAUUCUGGAAAGCCGAGAUAGUUACUGUUACCCCAUAUGACAAUCAUAGUCAGCAUUUAACUGUAGAAAUCAAGCGAAUUGGUGAUGAUCCUUGGCUCUUCUCUGCCAUAUAUGCUAGCCCAGACUCCUCGCUGAGACAUGACUUGUGGCGCGAGCUAGAAAAAAUUAAACACCAGUAUACGGGGCCGUGGCUAUUAGCGGGAGACUUCAAUGAAACAUCCAAUGUGCGGGAAAGGAAUGGUAGUGAAUCUUCAGAGAUGCAGCGAAGAUGUAGAGCCUUUGCAAACUGGAUUGAAAAUAACGAGCUUAUUGACCUGGGAUGUACUGGCCCGGAACAUACAUGGUCGAGGGGUCUCUCCCCGGAGACUUUUAAGUCUGCUAGGUUGGAUACAGGCCUUGCAAACGUUGAAUGGAAGUUGAAAUUUUCCGAAGGGGAUGUGAGAAAUCUCCCCAAGUCACAAUCGGAUCAUUGCCCGAUAUUGAUUAGUACAUCUGGAUUUGCUCCGAUUCCAAGGAUUAUUAAACCUUUUCGCUUUCAAGCGGCUUGGCUCAAUCACCAAGCGUUUUAUGAGUUUGUUAGAAGGAACUGGAAUUCGGGUGCCCCGAUUGUCCCCUUCUUGAAACAGUUUGCUGAGAAACUAAAUAAAUGGAACAAAGAAGAGUUUUACAAUAUCUUCCGCAAAAAAUCGGAGUUAUGGGCUCGUAUUUCGGGCGUUCAAGCUCUUCUUUCCAAGGGGAGGCAGAACCAUCUCAUAAAGCUUGAAGCAAAAUUAAGACGCGAGAUGGAUGCAGUUUUGGAUGAUGAGGAAGCAUUAUGGUUUCAAAAGUCUAGGAUGGAAGCUAUUUGUGAUGGGGAUCGCAACACUCGAUACUUCCACCUUUCUACUGUAAUGCAAAGAGUAGAAACCGAAUAG